GGGGGCUGACUUUUGCAGGUCUGGGGGCAUGUCCAUGCCAACCAGUGGAAUCGCCGCAGUUUUCCUCAAGCAAUCCGAGUGCAACUGUUCAGCAUGGCGUUGAACUGGAGCAUUGCGGCAGGUUGCGGGCUUGCCUUGAUCUUCUGGAUCCUUCUGAUCCUGGUGUCAUGGUGGAGAACCCUGCACCAACGGCCCCAAAUAUCGACCUCAACGGCCAUUGACUUGCCGGAGCUCGCAGUGCAGCAUCUUGACCACGAGCAGAUCUGCGCUGUUUGCAUGGAGCUUGCACCCCCUGGAACGCCCUUGGCCGAGCUGAGCUGCAGUCAUGCCUUCUACGGUGACUGCGUGCUCAAGUGGUGGCUGAGGAGUGGUGGAAGACCACAAUGCCCCUUGUGCCGCUGUGAGCACAAUCUUCCGUUUGCUUAGGAAUAUGUUUGUUAUUUUCCCUUGUUGGUUUGAAAGGGAA